GGGCAGCCUGGAGCCACGGCUCAGCCCCCCCAGCACUCUGCCUGUCCUUCCUGCCCCCUGCCCUGGUGGGGGGGCCCCGCCAGCAGCCCCCCCCAGGCCGGCAUUAACCCGUUGGUCCCCGUCUGCUGCUGUCAAGUCCCCCAGAGGACCUCCCCCACCGGCCCCAAGAGCACGUCGAACCCAGCCCGUCUCAGCAACGUCCCCAGCAGCAUCCUCCGGAAAAACUCCCCCGCCGCCCGGAACGGGGGCACCGAGGCCGACGCGCAGAUCCUGGAGCUCAACCAGCAGCUGAUGGACCUGAAGCUGACGGUGGACGGGCUGGAGAAGGAGCGGGAUUUCUACUUCAGCAAACUGCGGGACAUCGAGCUCAUCUGCCAGGAGCACGAGAAUGAGAACAGCCCCAUCAUCACCGGCAUCAUCAGCGUCCUCUACGCCACGGAGGAGGGCUUUGCCCCGCCGGAGGACGACGAGCUGGAGGAGCAGCAGCCAGAGGAGCAGGACGAGUACUAGCCCCGGCACGUUCCCUCGCCCCGCGCCGUCCCCCCACCAUAGACAUUGGGGGCCCGAGCCCUGCACCGACCGUCACGCGCCAUCGCCGGCUCCGGCGGCUCCGCUGGGGACCCCCCGUCUCCAUAAUAAACGGCUGCCCCUCCAGCGCCGAGCACGGCU